AUGCGUGAAGAAGGCUUCGCUGAUGAUGGACUCUUCGAUCAAAUGAAAAUGUUCUUUCUUCCGUUGACAAUGGUUGAGCAAGAUCUUACAAUUGACGAUGAUCGAUGGAGUCAAUUUGCAAGCAGACGACUUGAAGAACAAGUGGCCCUUCAACAGCGUCGUGAACAGCUUUUAGAAAAACUUAUCGAAAUCGAAGAUGAAUACUAUCGACACGAUGAUUCGAUCACUAAAUUAAGGCGAGAGCUAGAAACGGGAACAGCUCGACGUGCUCGAAAGGCAUCAGAUGGAGAAGGAACUUUUUCCGUUCCACAACUGAUUGAAGAUCAUCACCAAGAAAUGGAACAACUGGAACCGAUAAGAAGCGAAUUGCGAGCCGAAAUCAGUACUAUUGAAGGUAUGGUUGCAAGUAUAGAGCAAGGAUUGUGUGAUCGAAUAACAAAUCUUGAUCGAAAUCUCAUCAAACCCAAUCGUGGAUUCAUUAUGUAUGGACCACCAGGCACUGGCAAAUCAGAUAUUAUGAGCAAAUUGUCGGUUCGGAUCGGAGUAAAUAUAGUCGCACCGCCACUUGCUGCUGGUGAACUCAAUCGAUCUCUUGUCGGUGAAUCCGAACGAAUCAUUAAUGAUAUUUGCAUGCGUUGUCAUCAAACACCGCAUCUCAUGUGUUGUGUGUCAAUCGAUGAAAUUGAUUCAUUGGCACCUAAACGUACUGAUGAAGCGAGAGAUGUCAGUGUGGCCAAGUUGAGUGUGCUUCUAUCAGUCAUCGACGGCAUCAAAGAUGUACCCAAUCUCAUGAUUUUCUGUGCCACCAAUCGACUGCACACGAUGGAUGAAGCGUUUUUGCGGCGCAUGUCAGGCAAAUUCUUCGUUGGACGACCAUCCUCACAUGCACGCAAGAAGAUUUUGUCAGGCAUCAAACCGUGGCAUGCAGCACCCAACAUUCUGGAUAAACUGACCAUGGCAACGACCAACUUUAGUGGGGCCGCUCUCAGGUAUGUACUAUUUUCAAGAGAUUGAGGAUCUUGGUGUGAUUAAGAGUCAGGAUAUAAUGGAUUCGCCGGAUGUAAUGGUCGACCUCAAUGAGAAGGAAGAACACAUACAUAUCGACAGUCAGACAAGGCGAGAAGGAUGAAGCAGACCGAGCUAACUAGUCUAGCAAUCCACAGAAGUUCUGUUGAAAUUUUCUAGCAAUCUCAGGAAAUAUAGCUGUAAAAUUCGUUUUACAAUCUUAUUAUAUCUUGUAUCAAGGAGUUCUUGUAGGAUGUUAUAAGAUCCUACAAGAUCAGGCUUGAUCUUAUACAUGGAGCAGCAAAUAGGAAAUUACUAUCAAUUUUGAAGUCUGCAUGUCAGAAUUAUUUAAAAUUUCAACUUUUUGAAAUUAUGAAGACUUUUACAAUUUCGCUGCAUUAAUGAUAUUUUAGAGAGCUCUAGGUUGCUAUAUGUAUGAUUAAGUACUAUUUUAAAUUUUCUUAUUGCAAAAAAAAUAACUAGUAUAUAAAUAGACACAUAUUUGGAUCUACGACUACUAUCAGUUUCAAAAUAGAAUGCAUCUGAGUGUAAAUUGAAUUACUUUUGAUAGAGACAACAUAGAGAACUGCGGUUUUCACCAUUCGAAAGCGGAAACUCCGGGAUAUCCAAACAUGUUAGUUUCAGUUGGUCAAUAUGUUGACCAAGCAGAUGAAUUUCUUGAUGAGCAUUUUGAUAAACGACUUUUCAGAUCAGUUUUGAGUGUAGUUUAAACUUUUAAGACCAUCAUUCGAUAGAAAAAAUUAUCCUCUAUCGAUCUACGCAAAGUCCACCUUUCUAUCUUGUUCCAUUCAGGAGAUAUAAAGGUUUUCAAAAACUUCCACGUUUUGGUCCCCUGAGUCCUAAUCACUGCAAAAUAUCUCUAGACAUAGGUAAUCAAGCAUUCUAACGUUAGUGGUAACGUUUGUUCUUCGUUUUAGAUCGAUUUCGCAGCGCUAUAGCAGGUUUUUUGACAUUUGACAUAUUCCUAUUGUGACGUCGCAAAAAACCGAUAUUUUCAAAAAACCUGCUAUAGCGCUGCGAAAUCGAUCUAAAAAGAAGAACAAACGUUACCACUAACGUUAGAAUGCUUGAUUACCCAUCUCUAGAGAUAUUUUGCAGUGAUUAGGACUCAGGGGACCAAAACGUGGAAGUUUUUGAAAACCUUUAUAUCUCCUGAAUGGAACAAGAUAGAAAGGUGGACUUUGC